CACUGUCCCACGUUGGUAGUGUACUUUGUAAUAACACCUCUCUCUCUCUCUCUCUCUCUCUCUCUCUCACCUACCACAACCGUUUUCUUCACCGGAAAUUCAACAGCAACUAGUCUCCUCCGAUCCACCACCAUGAGCUCCGGCGAACUUCUCCAGAUACAUCCUCAAGAGCUGCAGUUUCCAUUUGAAUUGAGGAAGCAGAUCUCAUGCUCUUUGCAGUUGUCUAACAAGUCAGAUAAUUAUAUAGCUUUCAAGGUUAAGACUACAAAUCCAAAGAAGUAUUGUGUUAGGCCUAAUAAUGGAGUUGUGUUGCCUAGGUCUACUUGUGAUAUUACAGUUACAAUGCAAGGCCAAAAGGAGGCACCUCCUGACAUGCAAUGCAAAGAUAAGUUUCUCCUUCAGAGCGUAGUUGCAAGCCCUGGAGCAACGGCAAAAGAUAUCACUCCAGAAAUGUUUAAUAAAGAGUCUGGCUAUGAGGUUGAUGAGUGCAAAUUGAGAGUUGUUUAUGUUGCUCCUCCUCAACCACCAUCCCCAGUUCGAGAAGGAUCUGAUGAAGAAUCAUCUCCUCGAGCAUCUGUAUCAGAAAAUGGGCAUUCAAGUGCUGUGCAAUUUCAGGCUUCAAAAGCUUUCAACGAACGGGUUGAACCGAAGGACACAUCAUUUCAGGCAAGAACACUAAUUUCAAAGGUAACUGAGGAGAGGAAUUCUGUUAUUGAGCAAAAUAAAAGGCUUCAGCAAGAACUGGAUCUUUUAAGGCGUGCGGCCAAGCAAAGCCGUGGAGGUAUACCUCUUAUGUAUGUAAUCAUUGUUGGAUUGGUCGGCCUCAUUUUGGGUUUCCUAUUGAAGAGGACGUGAUGCCUGCUUGCGAGACUUCACUGAAAUGAUCAAAAUUGUAGAAAGCAAUGAAAAGAAAAAUGUUUGAUAUGAAAAACCAAUUAUAUUGUCAUGUUGUCUUGUAUUGUUCCUAGAAAUUUGGAAUGUGUGAUGAGAAAUUAGGUACCUUUAUAAGCAGAAUAGCAAUCAUAGACAAUAGACAGGUUGAUGAAAUCUAUAUCAUGAUAACUGUGUUGUUAUUUAAUGUUGCACAUGUGAUUAUUUUAGUUGUCACA